AUGGAACCAAACACUUCCAAAGAAACUGCCAGUACUGGUUUUGUUAUCCAUCAAGAAAAUGAACGUAAAAGUUUUAGUAAAUCACAAAACUCAUUAAAAGGUUUAAUUGAACCAGAUGAAAGUGAAGACAUUGAUGUUGACAUUGACCAUGAUGAUAUUGAACAAGAUAAAAGCAAUAUAACACCUCCACUUACACCUCCAAUUGAAAAAAAAGUUAUGUUUAGUGUAACUCAAGCUCCUUCAAUAACUGAGCGUGAAGUAAGAUUAAAUUCAAUUAGGUCUAAACAAGAUGUGUUAUGUGUUAAUGGUGUGAUGGAUGAACUUAAAGAUAAAGGAAAUGAUUUUGACAACUCUACAACUGACACAACAAUGGAUUGCGUACCUACACCAUAUAAAACAGUUGAAACUAUAAAAAAUGAAGAAGUAUUUUCAAAGCCUAUUGAUGCAAAACAAACUUGA